AUGACUACUACGCAGCGCGCCUUCGAAGCAGCGAUGCUUGAUUUCAAGAACAAGCUCAAAGACCAUAGUGUCUACGAUCAAAUUGCCCAAACAACUAGCAUCGAGCAAGUCUACCAGGACAUCGAAAAGCUUCAAGAUAAGCAGGCCAAAUCCGGCCGCCUUCGUCACUUAUCUAAGAUUGAACCAUUUCUAGCUCGACUUCGCGAAUACAGUAGUGUCGUUGAGACCUUUGUGCAGGCCAAACCCGACAUCCUAGCGCUGUUAUGGGGCCCGGUCAAGCUUCUGUUACUAUGGGCCGACGUUCUCAAACAGUCCUUCGAUGCUCUUGUGAGCGCUCUGGAAGAGAUUGGAAAUGCUUUGCCCCACUUUUGCGAACUGGCAGCAAUGUUCGCCGGUAAUAAUCGCCUACAGGCAUUGUUGGUGCUGUAUUUCCGCGAUAUUCUUCACUUCUACUUGAUCUCUACCGAAUUCUUUAGUAUGCGCCUUAUGUUUGAGAUGCUCUGGCCACGCCACAAAGACAGGAUACAGGUCGUCGUAAAACACAUGGCAAGCCAUCGCGACCUCUUCAGAGAGGAAGUUCUGAUGGAGGAGAUACGCAGAGCAGACGAAAUGCGAAAUCGGGAAUUCCAACAUUUCCUACAGACAGAGGAGAAUCACAUCGCUCAGGAAUAUGCGAGUCAUCGGGCCCACAUCUCACCCAAGAGCUACGAUGCCGACCUGUAUCGUUUCAGCGAAGCUGUUUGCAACGGAACCGGGAAAUGGCUCUUCCGUGACCAAUCAUUCCAGAAUUGGCUCGCUGGUAAGGAGAAAGUGAAACCUAUUCUAUGGCUUCGAGGUAUCCCCGGAGCUGGCAAGACGCUGCUCACAAGCAGCGUGAUUAAGCACAUUCAGUCCUUGGAUGGUACCCAUACCGUGUUCGUGUUUCUCACAUACCUCGACAGUCAUACUUCCGCACUCUCUGUCCUGCAGUCAUUGAUAUUCCAACUCGCCUCUACAUCCCUCUCUCUCAAAACAAUUUUAUGCCAAUCAGAUCUCCUACAUCUGGGAAACGAUUUCAAAGUCGCUGCGACCCUUUUGCAAACGCUCAUAGAGAGUGCAGGCGUUGUGCGAGUCAUCAUCGACGGAUUAGACGAGAUCAAUCCUACACAACGGUCAAGGUUGAUCAAGGAACUCGUGAGACUAAAUGGCGAAUGUGGAGGGUGCCACAUCCUGUUAACUAGUCGUGCCGAGAGUGACAUCUCCCGCGAUUUGGCCGGCAAAACCAUGGAUCUACAGGUCGACAAGAAUAACGCUGGUAGUAUCCAGGUCUUUGUUAACCAAACUAUGGCAGAAUGGUUCAAAGAGAGAGGUUUCGUUCCAGAAGUCCAAGACAAAGUCCAAGGCUGGGCUGCACCACUAGCAUUUCAUGCAAAAGGAAUGUUUCUUUAUGUGAAGGUUAUCUUCAGGAUCAUUUAUUACAUUAAUAACAUCGAAGAUAUACAAAACGAACUAGAACAUCUCCCAUCGUCUUUGGAAGAUGCCUAUGGUAGGGUUCUACAGCAAAUCAAUGCAUUUCGUGAUCCUCGAAGAAGAAACCUUGCUCGCUCAAUACUUGGCUGGGUGGGAUGUGCCCCAUCGCCAAUGACUUUGAAAGAAAUCGAGCAGGCAUUGCUGGUUGACCCCAAAUUCCCUUUCAAGCUACCAAGAGUUCAAUCGACAGUCGAUGUCAUACAGAUCUGCGGUCCGAUUAUCGAUAUAGUAGAUGGUUAUGUUCAGUUUGUCCACUUCACUGUUCGAGAGUACAUCUUCAGUACCAAGAUCCAGAGCUCUAUCAAUCUAUCCGAGAUGUCACUUGACUUGGCUAUUCGCUGCAUGGUGUAUAUGUGCCAGAACCAUCAUGACCCAGAGCUGACCGACGAUGAAAUUGAUGCCAACAUACUUUGGGGAGCAUAUCGAUUGCAUCACUUCUCAUCGAGCUUCUGGAUUGACUUGAUCCACCAGUAUUUGACUUUGUCUGGCUCAGAAACGAUACCCGAUAGUCUUAUCAAUCAACUGAGGAUACUGCUCGACACACGAUCAUCAGAUCAUUACACGCAGAGUGACCAACCCAAAGAUUCAAUACACUCAGCCAUUCUUGGUCUGGAGGUUCAAGAGCCUUCCCUUGUAGGACUUCUGAAGAGCUGUACCGCCUUUAAGACGUCAUCGUCUAAUUCGAACAAUCGAAUCAAUAAUCCGGAGGAGUGGUUGCAUACCUGCCCGCUAUCUACUCCCCAAAUUUCAAUUACUCUCCAUGAGCGGCUGGAAAUUCUCGAUGAUACGAAAUCGUCUGUUUCGGAGUCACUUUCUUACCAUUAUGGACCCAGGUCCUUCAGAUGCGGGUUUUUGGGCUGUCGUUAUCGUCGUUACGGCUUUGAAACUACGACAGGCCGUCGAACUCACGAAAGGAAUCAUCAGAAGCCAUGGAACUGCAACGUCCCAGGAUGUCGCUUCGUGACCCAAGGCUUCUUCUCACGAAAGAUGAGAGAUGACCAUUUGAAGAAGGGCCAUUCACAUGCUGCAGAUCUUGGAACGUCAAGCACUACUUCCCCUCUGAAGAUUGAAGAUGAAGAGCUUCAACCUCUUGUAUUUGAUUUGAUUGAAACUAACAGGGUGGGGAUUUUGGCACCACUGAUACCUCGUCUGCGCAAUUUACAAACUGGCGUACAGAUAGAAGUCGCAGCCCACGCUGCCAAAAUGGGCUCUCACUCAAUCCUACAACUAUUGAGCGACUCCGGGCUACUCACGGGAGCAUUUUAUCACAACGGCCUUCUAGAUUGGAGCAAGUUUAGUUAUCUAGCCCAGCUGGCACUGCAAAGUGAGAGUAUCGGCUUGUCCCAAAUUCUCCUAUGCUGGGUUGGGACCCUGGACUUCCGUAAAGUGGAUCCGGCUGUUUUUCAAGCAGCAGUGGAAAACAUAAUCGGAACCGUAUUGGGAUUGGAUUUUGAGGACUUGUUUGAACUAUGGAAGCCAAUAAUAGCUUCAGGCUUCGGCAUGCCGCGAACGCAUGUUGCUUAG